AACUAAUAUAAUGGCCAACAUUGAUGACUUUAACAGCAGCGACAGUACCAGCAGUACAAGUGGCCGAAAUAGUAGUACGGGUGCUGAUAAUGCCUGUGCCCGCAUAGUAGGCGAUACCCAGAAUCAUCAGUUUGGUAAUCCAUUGUACGAUAGCUAUAAUUAUGAUAAUGAUGAUCAUAAUAAUAAUGAUAGUCUUACUAAUAAUUAUACAACAAAUGUCAUAACAAAUUGUUUGUCAAAUGACAACAUGACUAACAAUAAUGAUAAUAAUAGUUGUGAUAAAAGUGCUGAUAAUUGUCAUAACAGUGUCAACAAUGAGCUGAUGAUUAAGUUAAGUGAAAGUCAUGCUAAUGUCGAUAAACCCGUCGAUUAUAUAAAUAUAGUCAAAAAUACUACUAUUUCUAUGGACACAACAUCUAUUGAAACUAUCGGUGCGACAACAGUUAUAAGGCCUGUGCCACGCGAAAGGACUACUAUUAGUAGGACAUCAAAGUCUAAUAAUAAUAAUAUUAAUAAAUCUGGUUAUAAAAAUGUAUCAGUAAAUUGUGAUUUAGUUAACCAACAAACUUGUGAUAAUAAUAAUACUAUUCAAACAUCGACAGCAAUGUCAAACUCAGUGCCCACUUCGUGGUCAUAUCAGAGACCAUCUGUGGACAGGGAGGACAGUAAUGAACUAACGUAUCUCAUCAACUAUUUGGAGUCAAUCUCGGAACAGAUGAGUUCCGACUCGUUCUAUGCCAUACCGAAAGUGCCGUCACUGUCGUCAACACCGGUGACCUCUCAGUACAGUUGUUCGCCUCCGCCAACACUACCGCCGAAGGCUAAACCCCGUCGUAGUCUUCGCUCAAAACAGACGUCGUCCACCACAUCGACAUCAUCAUCAUUGGCGACUAGUCCGCGACCGUUGCCCGAACCGCCCAAAUACGUCCCGCCACCCAAACCACCACAUUUACCACCGGAAACACCGCCGCCACCACCACCUGACUCUCCUGAUAAUCAGUCGCUUACAUCGUAUAGCUCAACACAGGCCUCAUCAUCACCGACAACAACACCAUCGCCGCCAGUGAUGCCCGAAGUACCGCCACGAAUGACUACUAGAGAAAAGGUAUUACGAGAUAAUGUCGAUAUGGAGGACAAGAUUGUUGUCAACCCUUUGAGAAAACUCAGCGAACCCUAUACUACAACACAAAAAUUGCCGAUUGUCGAUCCACAUUAUUGUCAACAUAAAGAUUGUCGGCAUAAAGGUAUCGCCCGAUCGCAAACAUUCCGAUCGGCGGACAAGUAUAGCUCGUCGAACAAGUUGUCGGCCAGUCGUCUGGAAAACGCCAGUCCAUUGUCGCCGACAAAGACACGACUACUGAACCACAACCAUAACAGAGCCAUCAUUCAGAAGUGCGGUUAUCUAUGGAAAACGGGACCCAAUAGGCGACGAUUUCACGACCGAUGGUGUGUUUUGCAUCGACACCAACAGCAGAGUGAUGAGGCAGUACUGGCUUAUUAUUUAGAUCGCAAGACUACCAGCUCUCGGGGCAAACUGAUGCUCAAAGAUAUUGCAUUUGUUAAGCUAUUGGAUGCAAUUGAGAGUAAAACAAAGGCACCGGUAAUCAAUAGUACAGGCGAUUCAACAAUUUUCAGUUACUUCGAGGUUGGGGUCAACUCUCGGAGAGGUAGAGUCUAUCUGUUUGCCGCCAAAUGUCUGUCCGAUCAGCGGAUUUGGUUUAAUACUAUUUGCGAAUCAAUCGCUUGGGACUACUUUACAUUAAAUGAUGCUUUUCAUUGCGGUUAUGUUUAUAUGAAGUACGGUAUUAGUGGUCAAUGGAUUGUCAAUUAUGUGGUAUUAAAGGAACGACAGAUUACUAUCGUUACAAAAGACUUGGAGGAAAUCAAUGGCAAUCAUAAUUCCGUCGCCAACGACACCGCGAGUAUCAUAUCAGACGAUAGUGAAAGUCAUAUGAGUACCGAUUCAAUGGAUCUCAAUAGUCGUCAUAGCUAUCAGAUCUAUGAUAUGCGGAAAGUUAUGUCAGUGGCGUACGCAUCGGUACAUCAGAUGAGUUCGUGUGGAUCGGCCAUCGAAAUGGGACAACCGGUAUGUGUGGCAUUUCAGCACCGGGUGAUCUAUUUACAGUGUGAAUACAAGGCUCACACAGAGCUCUGGUAUCAAUCGUUGCUGAAAAUUUGGAAAAAACCUGAAACUGGUUGUCUGGAGGAUCAGUAUCUGACCAAUGAUAACUUGCCGGUUGCCAUUGAAAAGUGUAUAAACUUUGUGUCGACAUACGGUGCCGACACACCUAAUCUAUAUAUUUAUCAAAAUCACGAUUCACGUGUUAGUCAAUCGCUGGUCACUGCACUACACGGCAACGUAUGGGACGUUCAGAUCCGUAUUGACGACUACUCUGUCCACGACGUUUGUCUAACAGUCAUACUGUUUCUCAAAUCGCUUAAUGAGUGUAUACUAACUGAAAAACUUUAUCACAAUUGGAUUAAAGCCAAUGAGGAAGAGAAUCCCAACGAAAGGUUACAAAAAUUUAAAGUUUUGCUGAAGAUAUUACCAGUUGUUAAUUAUGUAACACUCAAGAAGAUUGUACUUCAUAUGGUUUGUUUAUUGCAAAAUAACGAUAAAAAUAAGCUAACAUUGUUGACACUGGCACCGGCAUUGUCGGAAACUAUACUAUUUUUCAAGUGUUGUAACGACAAAGUCAUCGACGACAGGACCUCGACGUUUGACGGCCGAAGCGCCGGCACCGACAUCAUGACCGACCUAUUGGUUUCAUACAACUGGUUGUUUGAUAUUACACAACAAGAGAUGGAAAAGGAAAGGAAAAUACAGAAAGCACUGCAACUGAUGAAAGACGCCAAACACGAGGUGUCGGCACUCAAAGUCCACAAUAAACCGGUAUCCGAGUGCCAGGACUUUCUCAUUGCUUGCUAUGUCUACAACCGUAAGUACGGCCAGUGUGUGACAGUACGGGUAACGCCAACGAUGACGGCCGGCGAUCUCAUCGAAUAUGUUGUCAAAAAGGAAAAUCUAAGAGACAACAUCACAAAGCUAUCGGUGUUUGAGGUGGUCUACGAGGAACAACUGGAACGGUGUCUACACAACAACGAUAUUGUUUUGGGCGUCACCUUGUCGUGGGUUAAGUGGGAUCAACACUACUCGCACGACAACUACCUGUGCAUACGGGAGAAUCAAUUGUACGAACAAAUUGUCCGACAAAUGUCCGAUCAAACACCGAUUACUAUAUUUUGUUCGUUGAAAUUUGCGGACAGUCCGACCAAAUCGUAUCGCAAAUGUCUGGUCGAGUUUACCGGCGCUAAGUUAAGUGUGUAUAGCGAUCAAAAAGGCGAGAAAUCAUUGGGAAAAUGGAAUAUCGAAGACAUCACCUGGUAUUUGGGUGCCGACGGUAAACGCAAACAUACCGGUGCCGAUAAGUCUAAAUAUGCCAUCACUUUUAUUGACCGAAAUACACCACAGAUUAGAUCUAAGGACAGUCCGUAUUUUGGACGCACCCUAUUGUGCAACAAUGAGGAAGAGUAUCACAAAUGGAUGGCUGGUAUGAUUUACGCUGAAUAUCCUAACGGUCUGCACAACUCUCAUAAGACACUUAGUGAUCAACAAAAUAGUAGACAUUUAUUAGAUUAA